GUUUUUAAUACGUCAUUCGAAGUUUCUCGUCCGGAGAGCGCAGUCGCAUCCUCAUUCGCGGAGUGGUUCGCUAGCGCGUCAUUUUCUUGAACGUUAUUUUAAUGUUUUUGUGCUGUGCUUAAAAAGGAUUUGGUCUCAAAGAAUAUAUAUAAAAAUAAAAUUAUGCCGACUCAAGCUCGCUGUGACCGAGUCCCACCGGCGUCCUGCGACACAUGGGGCGUUGAUUUACGAGCGCUACAAGAAGACGACCUACCGCUCGAUCCUCGUCGCUGGUCGCGACUGGAGGCCGGUCGCUGGGUGUCAGUCCGCGGCGGAAGGCCGGAGAGGUUCCCCAUGAACGGCAAGGCCUUGUGUCUCAUGACCAUGGACAUGUUCAGGGCCAGGGAGCCUGAGCACGGUUUAAAUAUAUACCAGGACUUCAGACGACGUCUUGGCAAAGCUCUGGCACUACAGGAGUUAUUAGAAAAGCUAUCCAAGUGAUAACAUUCUGUUAGUACAGAACUAUAUAUAGUACAUAACCAAAUAAACAAAGACUUGGUAAUACAAUAUAUGAGAAACAUAUUUAAAUAUGAAGUAAAAGUUUUUUAUAUUAUUGUAAUUAAUUACUAGCAAUACGUUGUAUAAUUGUAUUUCAACUAAUUAUACAAUGCGUAAUAUUGCUGACCUACGCAGCUUAUUCAGUAGUCUCUAAGCUUUGUUCCUAUUAGUUUUCAGUAAUUUUCGUGUAUAUUUUGUCAUAUUUUUUUUUUUAUAUAAUUGUAGUAUUUGUUGUGUAUAACUGUAUUUUAGUUUGUCGGUUGUAUAUUUGUAUUUUUAUAUGAUUCGUAUUUAGUUGUCAACCAAACGUAACGUAAUGUAUAAUAUAAUAUGUAUGUAUAAGUUAGCUGUAUUGUCUAGUCAGGUCAGGGUGUUGUUGAAUAGAAUUUAAACAUAGACAA